AUGCAUGCAGCAUCAUGCAUGGUCAUUUUCGGCCUACUAAUAGGUUUUUAUCUUGCCAAACAGCGCAAGUCAACUUCAACUCCGUCCUUGCCCCUGCCGCCAGGACCCAAGCCACUACCACUCAUUGGCAAUGUCCACCAAGCUCCCAAAUCACAUGGCUGGCGGACGUACCGCGAAUGGAGCGAGGAGUAUGGCCCGAUCGUUCAUGUCAAUAUGCUUGGACAGCCCGUCAUCAUUUUGUCAACAUCCGAAGUAGCACACGACCUUUUAGCAAAGCGUGGAGCCAUUUUCUCGGACCGACCUCAGCUUUUCUUAGCAACCGAGCUAGCCUUGAAGGGACUUAACAUUCUCAUGAUGAAUUAUACGGAGCAAUUCAAACACCAUCAGAGGUUACAAGUCUCUGUGUUGAAUGCGACACCGGCAGCCGCAUAUCUCCCCUUUCAGGCUCUGGAAUCCCAACAACUACUACGCGAUCUCCUGGACAAUGCAGGUGGUGCUGGUUCUGAUAAAAUUCAAGGAACCUUUCAACGUACAACCGCUAGUAUUAUCCAUACAUUACUUUAUGGCUUCCGUAUCAAGGACCCCAACGACCCCGUCCUUCGUGCUGUGGUCAAAUUGAACGAUGAGUUCUCCGAGUUUAUCCAGAUUGGAGCGCACAUUGUGGAUCAGUUCCCAAUACUCAAUAACCUGCCUGGUUUCUUAGCACCGUGGCAGGCAAAAGCCGAGAACCACUACACAACUAAACAUAAUCUACGUGUUGAGAACUUCCGUCGGGGUAUAGAGUCCGAUUCUUGGAAUAUUUCGAAAUAUCUCAAGAAAACCGCUGAAAAUGAUAGCCUUGGUAUGCCCUUGGAUGAGCUAGCAUUUGAGCUUGGGACUAUGAUCGAUGCCGCGCUAGAUGGUACUACUGACAGCCUAAUCUGGUUUGUGGUAGCUUGUAUUACACAAGAUAACGGCUUCAUUGCCAAGGCAUGUGCAGAGCUUGAUGCUCAUGUCGGACGCGACCGACUUCCAGUCCCAGAUGACAAGCCUAACCUACCAUACAUCACGGCUAUUGUUGAAGAAGUAUUCCGUUGGCGGCCCGCCGGACCUGAGGGUGUUCCUCAUCUGAAUAGAGAGGAAGUCACCUACAAUGGAUAUACCAUUCCCAAGGGCUCUAUUGUUAUACCCAAUGUUUGGACUAUCUCCCGGGAGGAGGCCGUAUUCGGACCAAAGCCUGAUGACUUUAUCCCAGAUCGUUGGCUGGGUGAGGAUGGUAAAUUGCAAGCCUUUCCUCCCGCGGCCUUUGGCUAUGGAAGGCGGGCCUGCCCUGGGCGGCAUUUUGCCCGCAACGUCAUCUGGAUUGUUAUCGCUCAGCUUCUAUGGUCAUUUGACAUCAAGGCUGGCUUGUCUGAGACGGGCGAUUCCACCGUGGUUGAUCCAGUUGCAUGCACCUAUGGCCUGGUUAUGCGGGCUUUACCUUUCAAGGCUUCUUUUAACCCUCGUGGGCCUUGGGUGCGCGAAGUUAUCACCAAAAGUGGCGACACAUACAGCAAGGAUCAUGGGGCCAUGCUCGAUCAAAUCGGUGCAGAAUUUGCUAAGAUUUAG